UUUCCAACACAGAGACAAAAACCCUUCCUUGUAUCUUCCUUCCAUAUUACUUGUUUAUUAAUCCUUGAGCUAUUAAUCUGUUAUCAAGGUUUCUGUAACAAGCAGCAGGACGUUCUUGUCUCUGGCUAAUUAAGAGGAUAGGGCUUAUAAUUAAGGACUGCAGUUUCGAUUGUUGAUGGAGUUUUUUACCAAAACAAAGGCAGUUAAGCUCCGGAGCCACCUUGAAAAGUACUUGAUCGCAGACGAAGACCUAGAAACUGCUCGUCAAACACGACACGGCUCGUCACGCAAAGCAGCCAUAUGGUUCGUGGAGUUAGUCGAUGAAAAAAGCCAUGUUAUUCGUCUCAAAAGCUGCUAUGGCAGAUACCUCACAGCCUCUGACAUGCCCUUUUUAUUAGGCAUGACAGGGAAGAAAGUGAUCCAGACAGAGCUGUCUGAAAAUAAUUUUGACAACUGGAAGCUGGAGUGGGAGCCUAUAAGAGACGGGUUUCAGGUUAAACUUAAGAGCUGGUGUGGCAAGUUCUUGCGAGCUAACGGAGGGACACCGCCGUGGAGAAACUCGGUGACUCACGAUGAGCCACACACUGGUUCGACGAGAAAAUGGAUUCUUUGGGAUAUUGAGGCGGUACAAGAGAUUGGAAAUGAUUCCUUGAAGGAUUACUUGUCGUCUAUGUCGAGCUUUUCUACAGUGUCCGAUGAUGUUCUUGACGCUAUUUCGGAUGAUUAUAAGGGAUCGGAAGCCGGGUCUCCGAUAUCGGUUGUGUCGUCCGGGAGGACUCCGAGAUUGACCCUAGUAAAGUCAAUGUCUCCAAGAUUGUCUUUGUUCUCAACUAAGACCAACUCCACCAAGUUCCGGUCAGGGAUGGAUUUCUUUCACAAAGCAAAAGCCGUCCGUCUCCGCAGCCACCAUGACAAGUACCUUCUCGCCGAAGAUGAUGAGGAGUCCGUGAUCCAAGACCGAGACGGAUCCUCCAAGACUGCCAGAUGGAUUGUCGAACUUGUACCUGGAUCUGACUUCAUCAUCCGCCUCAAGUCCUGCUACGGUAAAUAUCUCACUGCUUCUAAUCAGCCUUUUCUUUUGGGCAUGACGGGUCGCAAGGUCCUUCAGACUCUUCCCAGACGCCUUGACUCGUCUGUCGAGUGGGAGCCCGUUAGAGAAGGGGGUCAGAUGAAGCUCAAGACCCGAUAUGGGAACUUCUUGAGAGCCAAUGGGGGAUUGCCACCUUGGAGAAACUCGGUUACUCAUGACGUCCCUCAUAGGACUUCUACACAAGAUUGGGUCCUUUGGGAUGUUGAUGUUCUGGAGAUUCAAGUACAUCAGUCUCAUACUGGUCAUGCGCCUGAUCUGAACAAAAUCAUGUCUCAUGCCGAUUCUUUGGAUUUCGAGUCCACCUCUCCAACUUCUCUCUCUAUCAAAUCAGGAAAUUUUUCAAGACAGGAGUCGAGUGAUUCUCAUGUGACUUCGCCGAGGAAAUCAGAAGGGAGGACGAUAUACUACCAUGUGGCUGAUGAGAGUGGUGAGGUUGAUGAUGAUGCAACGGUGGGUUACUCAUUGAAUUUUAAGGGAAAUGGGGUUGAUGAGUUGACUCAAAAAUUGAAGGAAGACACGGGCCUUGAGGAUAUUGUUGUGUGUACUCGUAGUCCCUUGAAUGCAAAGCUUUAUCCACUUCGAUUGCAGCUUCCUCCAAACAAUGCAGAUAUGCAUGUUAUUCUAGUUCAGUCAUCGUCCAACGCGGCCGGGGAUUUUGCUAAACCAGGAGUUCCUUUAUGAUAUACAAUGGUCAGGGUACCGCAGUUUUGUUAUAUAUCCGUGCAACUUCACCAUUACAUGAACUAUAUACAUUCUAUUUCGGCCUCUGAAAUAUGCUAGUUUGAAAGCACUUGGUGAUUCAAUGGUAACAGGGAUGCCUGCUCACCAGCAAAAGGAAGAAGCCACGAGCAAAAAUGAUUUUGCUAUUGUCAGGGCAGAGGGUCAAUAUGAUGCCGGUUGCUCCAUGCCCCAGAUAAAUAAUGCUCCAAAAUUUUUGUCUGCUUGGAAUAUCACUAUAGCACGAUUCCUUUAUUGCUUCGUUGAACGAUUUUGUUGUAAAUCUCCGCAUCUGUUUUCUCCUUUAAGAUUUAUGUUCUGACCGGUGUCUGCUGGUGCCAGUGUUUUAAUCUUAUGGAGCAUGUUUUAAUAA